GGCCAGCGAAGGGAAGCCUUGGUGGUGAUCAAUCCAUAGUCGCAUGCACGACUUUUCCGGCCUUCCUUGUUCCAAAGCAACCUUGCCAGCAGUUCUGACAAGCAAGAAGCUGCGGAAUGGCGAUAUCACGCAAACCUAGCGCGGUCUCCGCGCUCGCAGGUUUCCUGACUAUCUCAGUCACAGGUCUGCUCCUUUUGCUGCUAAGCCCUGGCCCAGCAUUGGCACAACUGAUCAGAUUCCAAACGGUCCUGACCGCCAAUCCAGGUUCCAAGUACAGUACAGUGCCAGGCUUUUCCCAAGCCCUGCCCGGAGAGUCGGUGGCCAGCUGGGAGCUCGGCACCGCGGUCGAGUGCAGCAUCAUCGGAAAGGAAACGGACUUCAGCGCCCAGGGCAUCAAUACCGACUACCCGUUCUGGCUGAAGGACGACGAGCCGAUCCGCGGUGGCCACCUACUGACGUACGCUACCACGUCCCCGACGGGCAUGUCUAGAUACAUCUCGACGUUUCGCUGGCCUACCACCGUCACACGGGAACACGCCGGUGUGUACACAUGUGGUGCCGGAUACGACCUGCACGCCUUCGAGAUCCGCUUCUUUGAUAUUCCGAGAAUCACGAACAUUUCAGAAUCAGCCAAUGUGCCAAAGGGCUCCACCAAGGUUCUCCACUGUAGUGGUGAUGGCGAGGAACCACUCAUCAUUUCCUGGUACAAGAACGGCAUUCAGCUGCAGCGCUUGAUUCCCUUGGACCACCAUCUUGAGCUCCGGAUCGGUGGACCAGGGCAAGCCAGCUUGGCCGGAUCGUACACCUGUGAGAUCAAGAAUCCGUACGGCGUCAACACUUCUCGCUCUGUUAUCAUUUCCACAACAGAGCAAGCUGUGGCACCCAAUGUGACAGUCAGUGAUGCCUCCAGCUCCCAUUUGGUCAUUCAGCUGCAGUACCGUGGAACGGUAGCAAACAGCCUGGAUGAGAUCUCUGGCUAUCGUGUGGCUUUCCGUGCACUCAAUGACGACGUGCAAUGCAGCGACAGCGGGAGCUGCGUCUCAUCUGGUACCAGGACCGUUGAAGGAACCUCGAAAACGACGUCCACUCUCCGGCUGAGCAACCUGAGCGGUAAUGCUAUGUACCAGGUUACCGUGGUCGCCAUAAACAGAGCCGGUGUUGGACGUGAGGCUGUCAUCACCACGGAAACCCUUGCACUCUAUUCUCCUACUUCACAGACGAAUGCAGCCUUCGCACCAACAACCACCGCUGCUCUCACUACAGAGAUGAUCGAAGCACUGAAGUCCUCAGGGAGUGGUGGCGCUAAUGUCGGUGCGGCUGUUGGCGUGCCGCUCGGCAUUCUCAUUGGUCUGGUGCCGCUUGCAGUGGUGUUCAUACACCUGAAGCGCAGCGGACAUGGCGUCAGCGAGAUGAUACCGACCGUCGCACACAGGAUUCGCCAGCUGGUCCGCCGACGUCCACCACCCCCGCCUACAGUCAUUGCCCAUCGUCCGGCGUCCAACAGUGACAUGAUGGACGCCUGCAGCAUGCAGGACGACUGCAUGUCUACGGCUACGGCGCGGACAACUGACUACGCCGUGGCCAGCUUUGUCAAUGGCCGAGUGAUGGUACUCGACGGUUUGCCUUCCCAGCAAGAAGACACCUACGCAAACAGCAAUGUGUUUGCCCCGAUACCAGCUCCAUCGUACAAUGCUCAGCACGAAGCCAACGACUAUGAGAGCAUCGCAACACCUCCAUUACCUGCCAGUGCCGAGCAGGGAACCGACAAUGAGGUGGCCGACAAUGAGGCGGCCGACAAUGAGGUGGCCGACAAUGACUCGGCCACCGUUUCAUCCUCGCCUUGCCGCGAGGAGCAGUCGAUGCCAGCCGACCUACCGAUAUUGUGCGACUCGACCACAGAUACUGGCAUGGAGUGAGACAUGUGCCCCGCCUGUGACCGCGGCACCUGUACAUUCCCGUGUGCAUGUGUUACUUAGGAUAGUGUCCGCCUACCCGUCUCCACCUUGUGCGUAGAUACAACGGAACCCGUGAUUGGCGGUCAGACCAUGGUGUACCAAAUUCCGGUCCAUAUUGACAGAGGUCGCUCAACAGAGGUUCAAUGCCUGCAGAAACAUAGUUUAGAGGCGACAUGAUCGGUCUCAUAAGACAGGUGCUCCUUCCCCACAGGUUUUCCUCUUAGGUCUCUAGGCUGUACAUUUUUAGAAACACAAAAUUAGAAAAAUUAAUCAGGUGUGCAAGAAUGGACUCGGAUGGAGAGCCAAGGAUUGUUUAGUAAUAACUGGUGAUGUUAGUAGACAUUUUAGCGUAACUUGUAGUUCCUUGGUCCUUUUUCUUUUCUAUAAAAAAAUUAUAAGAUAAAAUUAACUGCUGGUCUUCCUCUGUUGCAUCUUUGGCCUAAAUUCUCCUAGCUUUGCCACUGCUAGUGCAGUGCAUAUACGGUUACAACUCAUUGUUCAAAGGACUUCCACAAAUGCGCUGCAUAUUCCCGUUUUCCCGGACGUCAAGAUGCAUGAACUCGCUUUCUUCCACCGGAUGCAGAUCAUUUUGUGUUCGGUGCGAGUUUAAUUUGGGACGUCACUGGUCCUGAUAGCCAGUUGAUCGGUCCAGAUCCACAUAGUUAGUUUGGAUGGGCAUUUGUCAUGAUCAUGAUUGGACGAAGGCCAAUCUUCAAAUCACAAGAUUGUUGCCACUGAAGUCACGCCCCCCCCCCCCCUAUCUUUUCCUGUACAUAUUCAUAGACCGGAAUUUCCGUCUCAUUCUCCUUGCUCCAUGUAUUGCUAGCCUCUGUCCCUCCCCACUGCCUCUCACUGGCUCGUGUGGCAUGCUCAGCUAUCCGCACAUUAAUUUUUCAAGUCUGUCUGUUUAUCUUCCUGCAUCCCUCUGGGCUUAUCAUUCGACUCAGUCAUCCACUCUUGCACUGCAUUGGCUGUAUGUGUACUAUGCAUGUAUUCCCACUGGUCAAUUCGUGACGUGUUGUCUAUUGGCUAAUCGUAUGUCUGUAGGGUCACGUGACUUUCCACCCUUUUCACUGGCCAACGAUGUUUGUGUUCAGUGGAAAUGUUUUUAUACAUGGCUAACCACGUACAAACGCAUUUGUGCGUUUGUUGCUUAUCCUGUUUAUGCUCGUCCAUGCUUUUGUUUUGUUUGUUUUGUUUUGCUUGUUUUUGGGAACAUAGCCCCAUGCUGUGUGAUCAGUGGCGUUGAGUAGAGACAAAUGGCGUUACAUAUGACGCCAUGACUGUAUUGGUUCACCGACG